CUUUGGCAGAAAAAGGUGGAACAUCACCAAAGACAACCAGUAAGCACUGAUGAGAGGAUUUGCAGUUAAGUUAAAAAUGGAUCGCAACGUGACUCUGAUUCUCUUCUUCUUUGGAUUUUGCAUCCCCUCGUCUCUCGUCCUUCGUCAGUUCCACUAUGUCAACCUGAAAAUGAACUGGACCGGCGCUCAGCAUUACUGCAGAGUGAAAUACACUGACCUGGCUACCUUCGAAAGCAUGGAGCACAUAAGCAGGUUGAACAGACCUACAUUGGACACCCCAGUGGCAUGGAUCGGACUGAGGGAUGACCCAAAAUCCUGGAAGAGAAUCGUGGGCAAUGACGGCAACUCCUGGAGAUGGUCAGCAACUGGUGAAAUGAGCAAAACUGGUUAUGAAAACUGGCUGUCCGGCGAACCAAAUAAUGUAUAUGCAGAGUAUUGUGCGCAGAUGAACUCAGGCAGUUUAUGGAAUGAUGUGUCCUGUGAAGACUUGAGAAGUUUUGUUUGUUAUACAGAGACAGAAACAAAUGAGAAGACCUAUGUGUUCGUCUCAACUCCGCAAACGUGGACUGACGCCCGCGAUUAUUGCAGAGAACACCACACAGACUUGCCUAUGAUCGAGAACUCUGUAGAAAACACAAAUGUCUUUAAUGCAAAACCAGCCAGUUAUAUAAUAUGGAUUGGUCUGUACCGAGUGCCAUGGACUUGGUCCGACAACAGCAGCAGCUCAUUCAGAAACUGGCAAAGUGGAGCGCUAAAUAACGAGGCCCUUGUCCAGUACUGUGCGACUGAGAAUGCUCUACAUGAAUGGGAUGACAACGACUGUAAGCUCGAAUACGCUUUCAUCUGCCAUGAAGAUCGACUAAAAGUGCAGAACGUGGUGAGGAUGAAGAUUCAGACUGGCGCUGACAUGACAGAUCUGGCUACUAACACCCAGAUCUUCGAACAGCUUGGUGCAGUGCUAAAACGUUUGGGACUAGUUGACUUCAAGCUGCAGUGGAAGAUUCAGCCCAGAAAACAGGAGAAAGAGAAACUCACAGGACCUUAGUGCAUUUUACAUUUUUAACAUAUUUGUUUGCAACUCAGCCAUCAUGUUUCAAUAAUUGAUAAAUUAAGAUGAUUGGAUGACACAUUUGAUGACCAAUAAUGCUGUUAAUCUAAAAUACACCUUUUCUUCUGAAUUAUGAUAUAACGACUUUGUUGUGUUGUUAAUGAAGUAGUAGUAUGUAUUUAAUUAUAGUAGACUACAAUAAUAUAAUAAUAUGAGAUAGUUAGGCUUUUUUGUUGUGUGCCACACAUUGACUUAUAUUUCUUGCUGCAACCCCGUCUCCAAGAAAUUACAUUUACAUACAACUAAUUUGCUCCAGCAAAUGUGUUUUGGGGUGAACAUAAUGCGUUCCUGUGUAAUUUUUAUUAACAUAAAGAGGAAAUGUUGUUAAUUGACAUAUGUGGCAAGUCAGAAAAUGUUGAUACUAUGUUCACUGACAAUGUAUUUCAUUUGUUUUCCGCUUGUAGUGACUACAGCAUUAUUAAGCUUUUAUCAAGGUUAUGUUAAGGCAUUCGCAGUAUGGAACCCCAAAAUGUUCAAUAUUAAAUAAAUAACAAUUACAUUUUGAAAUAAUAAUCAUAUAACUAAGUUGUGUAAAAUACAUAAAUGAACCAACAAUUUGUGAAAUAAUUGAAAAACUUAUUAAAACUCCACUCAUUAAUGUUA